GACCUGGUCCUCUACAGCCAGCCCAUCAUGGAGGCCACGUCUAUCCAGCUCUUCGUGUUAAAUCAGAGGACCCUGACACAGUGGUUUAAUCGGACGGACAACAACCAGGAGCUGAGCGGCCUGACCCAGGGCCUGACCACUGACGACCGCAUCGCCGUGACCAGCUCGGAGCUUCCUGCUCUGCGGGAACCUCUGGGCCAGACACCAUCAACAUCAGGGGCCAAACAGUCCUACCCCCAAACAGAGCAGGACAAGCUCCCAAGCUGCGGCCAGGCAGACGGCCAGCCAGUGCCACGGCGGUUCGUCCCGGCAGCUCCACUGCCAGAUCCUGGGUCAAGACUCCAGUUCCUGCUCCAGCCGGGUUCAGCGCUGACGGGUGCAGGUCAUCCGUCAGCAGCUCCUGUCCUCGCUCCACCUCUCCUUCCGCCCCAGUGGCUCCUCUGCCUGCUGCCCCUGUAUCCCGCUCCACAAAGAGGAAUCGGCGACGCAGGGCAGAGGAAGAGGCCGCUGGUGUGCAGAAGAGAAGGUACACUAGGGAGGUGUCCUUCAACACCUGCAGGACUUGUGGCCAGCCAAAGACAAAAGACUUUGGCCACAGCCGCUUCUGCAGGGCCACAUUCUGCCCAGGCAACGCUGGUGGGCAGUCUUUGGAGGCCUGGCUGGCAGAGCAGCGCCAGCAGAGGCCACCAUAACCUCAACCUCCACCCCCAGCCCCAUAAAUAUUGUAAAUAUUGUAUAUAA